GCCUUCAUGAGGGUGUCAGUAGAGGUGGAAAAAUUCGUAACAUCAGCGCCCGUCGGCUUGUGGAGCGUGAUGUCCUUCAUGUUGAGCUGAUCAGGUGUCCUGAAGUUCCUUUUCUCUGGGAUGGCCAUGGCACGACUGGCCGCUAUCAUUGUGCUGAGACUCUCAUAUCCUGAUGUGCAUGGACCAUGUCAUUGUACGUCGGGCAAUCGUGCCUUGUCACUGGCGUUCGCAACUUAUGCAAUGGCGGUGCGCUCGGGUAUGAAUCUGUUUAUGGAACCAGACAUGGCUGCACUCUACUACUGCACAGGGGGUCGGAUGGCUCAUCAUGGGGUACCUUUUGACAGCAAGCUCUGAUUGAUAGUAUCCCCAGGCUUUAGGCUACAUUGUUUGCCGCGAAAGAGCUAUUAGGACGAUGUUAAAGUAGUGUGAUUGAUGAUAUGAGGU